AUGCGGCCUCUCUGGCGCGUCCCGGUUGGACGGGGGGUUGGACGAUCGGCUUCUGGACGGCCGGCGUCUGCCGGCCGUAUGACGACCACAGAAGAUGUGAGUUCUUCCUCUUCUGACUCCUCCUUUUCCUCUCGCUCUGCCUCUUCGGCGUUUUCUACUUCCUCCUCGCGAUCUUUCUCCGAGUCGGUUUCUUCCCCAGCGUCGCCCUCUGCGUCUGCGUCCCCGUCGGCUUCUGCGUCUCCGUCUCCGUCUCACCACCCUUCGCCGCUGUUUCCUCCCGAGGCUUCUGGGAAAGGCGCUUAUGCUUCCUUUUCCGCUAGGGAUACGUCCGAACAAGUCUACGGCGGCACGCCUGCGGUUUCAGUUUCUCGUCCGGGGCUGGUCACCCCGUCGAAGCCUGUGAAGAGCCCUGAGCAUGCCGAAAAUCCCUUUUCUCUUUUCUCUCCGGCGGAACCGCCGCGCCAGGCCUAUUUGCCUUCCAUUUCUUCGCCCGCUUCUCGUUUGCAUCCCGAGAAAGCGGUGCCUUCAGGGUCCCGGCCGAUGAGCCACGGCGACCCAAACGGCCGGGUGCCGAACUUGGCUCCGCAAGGUCUCUAUGAUGACGAAUUCAGCCCGCGAGAUCCCCUCGAAGGCAGGGAAAACGCGCCCCUCAAUCGGGUGUAUAUGCGACGCCAGAAAGACGGAUCUGUCCUCCUGUACGUCUCUGCACAUCUGGACCAACUUCUGCUCCGCGCCUUCCGAAAUUUCUCUUUCAACGGCUACAUGACGGACCAGAAAUGGAUUCAGCUGUGUAUCGAUGCAGAGCUAUAUCCGCGAAACAAAGACCCUGACAUUCUCCGACACAUCUUCCGGGGCGUAGCCAGCGACGGGAAAGUCAUUGAAUUCACCAGUUUCCUUCGGCUUCUCCUCCGACUCGCGAGGUACAAGUUCCGUCUGGUUCGCAACAUGUCUGACGAAGAUGCCCUCAACGCCCUCUUGGUUCACCUCUUUUGUUUUCCUCGCCUGUUUCUAUCGGGCGCUCGGCUGCAAGAGUGCGGAAUCCAGGCGACGACGACUCAACGCGACGCAUGCGUCGGCCCCGUGCUCCUCACCAAGGAGCAAGGCACGAGUGCGACGCCGCCUCUCACCGUAGCUUCCACCCAGACCUCCGUCCCCACCGACGAGAAGGGAAUCGCCGUCGAGCCUUCCGUCGCGAGCGUCGAAACCAUGACCAUGCCCCCGCCCAUCGCCACAGAAGGCACGCAAACACAGCCACCCGAGGCGAAAGCCGAAACGACGUCUCGAGGCUCCAUGACGAGCGAUCUGCUGAUGGAGGAAAAAAGCGCAGGUGGAAGAGGCGCCAGAAUUCAAAGGAAGGAGAAAGCCGUGGAAGCGGUUUUUCCCCAAAGGCCCUGGCCACACAUGGAAGCAUGCAUUGUGCUUGAGGGCGGCGACGACAGCGAUCUGUACAAGGUCUUUUGCAGCUGCAGCGAGUUCGACUCAGAAUCCAUGCAAAACUUGAUCACCGAGAGAGCGUGCGCAGUCCUCUGCAAGGAUUCGGGAAUCAUGGAGGUCCCUUGUCACCCCAAGUACGCAGGCGUGCCGCCACAACAAGCGAGGCAGCUGUACCGAGAAGUGAUCGCGGGGCGGGGCCGAAACCGCACGCGCCGGGGAUUCGCAGCAGCCUACGAGGGCACUCCCGCGACUGCCGAAGACGACCGCAGCAGCCACGUGUGGGAAACCGAGUGCCCAAACACGGCGAGAGAAGACGUCUCUGCCGCGGGCCCCGGCGACAGCCACGACCCCGCCCAGGCUGUCCUCGAGGCUCUCGAGAACGCUGAAGACUCCCGGCUCUCCUUCGCCGAAUUCAAAAUGUCUCUUUCUCUCCGGCACGCCGAACUGAUCGGUUUUGUGUUUGAGGAUCCGCAGCUUCUCUACAAAUUCAGUCGCAUCUUGUACGUCGAGUUGAAGCCGCGCCUGGGCUUCUUGAAAAUGGUUAGGGAGAAAGUCGUUCGGAACUUCUUUGUGCGCAACAAGAACGUGUACAUGAAGACUUGGGCGGGUGGAGCUUCAGGCCAGCAAGAGGUCUCGGACGUGAAACGCAGCUUCGGAUACGAUGAGGACGACGACGACGCACAUCGUGUUUUCGCCUCUGCCAGCCCGCACCUUGGGGCUGGGAAUAUCGGUCUGCUCUCGCAAGCGAGUACGAGGAGGCCUUCGAAGGACUUGGACACAACUGAAGACGCUGGAGACGAGACGAAUGCGUUUCCGACGGCGCGCAGCAACCGCGCUGACCCGUCGCCUGGCGGCAGAGACGAUCGCCUUGGUCGCCACGGCGAUUCACUCGGAACCGAGAGAGGUCUUUUUCCGGGGCAGGCUGCCGGUCAAUUUGGAGUGAAUUCGUACGGAUUCGUCCCUUACUACAUGCCUCCGACCAUGUAUCCUGUCGCGUACAACCCAGGGGCGAUGCCUACGUUCCCUGGGGCGCUCUAG